UAAUACUAGUGUCUAUGUGUCUGUGUAUAUAUAGAACAAACUCUUCUAAAAAACUUAUGUGACAAAAUAUUACGAGCUUAAAGAUAGAUGACAAUGAAUGUACCUUGUAAGACUUGCCUUGUUCACCAUGUGUCUUGUUUUAGCAAAAGAGAUUUGUCUUGUAAUCUUUAUUUCUAGGUACUUCAUUUUCCCCUAAGACUAGGACUUGACAGCUGUCCAUACCGAGGUUAACAAAACAAAACGACCAAUUUGGUAAAGCCACCCAAGCCUUCCCAUAUUGUUGGCAUUUUGCACUCUAUUUUCACUUUUCAAUUCAAAAUUCUCGUUAUCUUUUUCUGUCUAAUAUUUCUUCUUUCCUGAUCAAUUAUUUCUCAAGAAACUCCAAAACUAACUUUUUUUAUACUCAAAGAAAGUAAAAAGUUUCCAUCAAGAAGAAAGAGUUAAGAAAGAAAAGAAAACCCAACAGUUUCAAUCCAAUUCCAACCACCACUCAUGGCCUCCUCUAUGCUCUACCCUCUCCUUCUCCUCCUCUUCCUUCACAAUCCCCUCUUCUCCACAGCCAAUAUCUUCCACAAAAAAAGCCCCUUUAGACAUCAGCUAGAUCUCUCUGAGUCCCAAAAAAAACCUCUCAAUGACACCCCACCAACUCUCUUCUUUGAAGUAACAAAACCCAUCAAACUCCCCAAGACAAAGCCUUGCUCUUAUCACAUACUUCAACAUGACUUUGGCUACACUUAUGGCAGCCCUCCAGUUCUUGCAAACUACACACCUCCCUCACAUUGCCCAUCUCAAAAGUUUUCCAAGAUUGUUUUCCAAUGGUAUGCAACUUGUAAAGGCAGGCAAUUUGACCGGAUUUUUGGGGUUUGGCUUGGUGGGGUUGAGCUAUUUCGUAGCUGCACAGCUGAGCCAAGGGCUACUGGCAUUGUUUGGAGUGUCGAGAAGGACAUUACAAGGUAUUAUUCAUUGCUCAUGAAGAAUCAAACACUUGCUGUUUAUCUUGGUAACCUUAUUACUAGUACUUAUACUGGUGUGUAUCAUGUGAAUAUAACCAUUCAGUUUUAUCCUGCUAAAGAAAAUGACGUGUCCAAUUUGGGUGCUUUGGUGUCUACACAUCAUUCCCCGGCUGAUUUGAUCAUGCCCAUUUCGCGGAACUUGCCAUUGAAUGAUGGUUUGUGGUUUAAAAUUGAGAAUUCCACUGAUAUUGCAUUGAGUGAAUUCAAGAUACCACAAAAUGCUUAUAGAGCCGUGUUAGAGGUGUAUGUUUCUUUUCAUGAAAAUGAUGAAUUUUGGUAUUCGAAUUUGUAUAAUGAGUACAUUGAGGCAAAUAAUCUUACGGGUGCAGCCGGAAAUGGACCUUUUAGGGAGGUUUUGGUUAGUCUUGAUGGUGAGGAGGUUGGUGCGGUUUGGCCAUUUACUGUCAUUUACACUGGAGGGAUUAAUCCCCUCUUAUGGAGGCCCAUUACUGCUAUCGGAUCUUAUGAUCUCCCUUCUUAUAAUAUUGAGAUCACUCAAUUUUUAGGGAAGAUACUUGAUGGAAAGAGCCAUAAGUUUGGUUUUAGUGUGACGAAUGCCUUGAAUGUUUGGUACAUUGAUGCAAAUUUGCAUCUUUGGUUGGACAGCAAGAGCACAAAAAUCCAAGGGAAGCUUGUGGAGCACUUUAGCUCGCGUCUUGCUGUUUCAUUGGUAUCUGAUUUUAAGGGCUUAAAUGGAACGUUUUUUAAUACUGUAAGCAGGUCCAUAUCCUCAACUGGAUGGGUGAAGUCCUCCCAUGGGAUUAUCACAACAAAUUCGAUUCAAAACUUUAGAUACGAAAAUUCAAUGCUGAUGGGAAGAAAUGGGGAUUUGCAGAUUGUGAAUCAAAUCAUCCAUUUCAAUGACACUGUUCACGCAAGGCCAUCAUCUUCUGUUUUCUCAACAGAAUCCCACAAAACAUUCGACCUUUAUUUAUACUAUAACGAAUUGGAUUAUGGAAAUGGAACUUCCGUAAGUAGUGAAAAUUUCACUUUGGGAUUUUUUGAGAAUAGGUCUAAGGAUGUUGGUUUUGGAUUCUCAAAGGGCUCUCUCAGUAAUGUGCAGAAUGGACAGGGUUAUUUGGUUGCAAGCAACAACUCGUUGGUCAGUGGAUUGGGCAGUACACAACAAGUAUACAAAUAUGACGGCAGCGAUUUUUAUUACUUUAGAAAUGUAAGCAGCUUGAAUUAUACCAUCCUUUUCGAUGAUGUGGGAAACACAUGCCAUAAAGGAAGAAAGUCUCAUUCUGCAUUGGGUUAAGCAGAAUGCAUCGUUAUCCCAGCUCGAAAUGCUUUUCUAGCACCCAGUUUACUUCAUAACAGUGAAAAGUUUAAAUUGUUCAUUUUAUUUAUCCAAUAGAUGGUGAAGACUCUCUUCAUUUAUCCAUCUUCAAUUAAUCAGAAAUGUUUUAGGUGGAAAUUUGCAUAUCCAGUGUCCCUCAUUAUAUUGGGAGGUGAUGAUGAAAGUGCUGAUCUUUUUGUGUUUUGUAAAAAAGACUUUCAAAAUGAAAUUCUUCGUUAAUCCAUCUUGAAAUAAUCAGGUUUGCAUAACAUGUAAAAUGAAAAUCCUUGAUUCAGAUGA